AUGACCGCAGAGUCCCUGAAACGAAAGCGCGACGACGAUUCCGAUGCCUCAGAGGAUAUCAUGCCUGCUCGUAAGGUGCCGGUACUUGAGGCGGUGAAGAACAAGGUCGGCACGUCUUCGGCACUUGCUCCUGACGAGGGCGAUGUCCCCUCUGCAAACUCAGAUAGGCCGAAAGCUGUUGCUAGGUCCCGUCGAACGCUGGCCGAGCCAAACAUGCCAGUCCCAAUCAAGCUGCCAGCAUCUAUGGCCACUGGCGCAUCUACGAAGCGAAAGCGUGACACGGAUGGUGCUGACGGUCCGAUCGAUCCUCUUCCUACGAAGAAGCUGCGACCGUCCGCAGAAUCGACGGCGUCAAGGACACCAUUCGUGAUUGCCAGCAUCCAGCAACUGCCUCCACCAUCUCCGUCCAGUGCUAGCAGCAGAACCUCGCGGUCGAGUCUUUCGCCCAGCUCUGCCACCGAACCGCCCAGUCCCGUGAGUUCGACGACAUCUCUCAGCAGCGAGGUGCAACUGAGCCCGGAACCUGGACGACCUGUGUCAUUCUCACCAUCGACCACUGGCGGCGUUCUUGCUAAGCCCAUUCCAGCGAUUUCUACGCCUGCAAUUACUGAUAGCCCCGCUAAAGGCGCAUUGCCUGUAGCUGAAGCUAGUGCUUCUGGGCAACGUGACAAGAAGGCUUUGUCAAGCACUAAGCCAUUUGUUGCCAAUGGGAGAGGUGUUGACUCACAGCUCAACCCGGACUCUCCUGCUCAGGCUCACUCCAGACCCCUGUCAGAGACAUCAGACUUGGACUUGAUUGGUGGUCCGAUCGCAAACUCUUCAUCUACAGCUCAUCUAUCGUCGGCCCAGCUAGCGGCAGAUGCACUUGCCGUUAUGACUACAUGGUCUUCGACUGACGGGCCACGCGAGGCAAGCGAUGGCAAAUGCAACGGAACCAGUGCCCGUGGUGGCAAGUCCGGGAAGGUGACCACCACAUCGAAAUGCACGCCAGCAAAGAUCACUGCGACGGCUCCGGCUCCUAGUGGCAUACCAGUCUCGGGCGGCGACGACGGCUCUGAUCCGCCAAAGCCUCCUCAGACGCCUAAGCGCACCACACCCGAGGACAAGGCUGACAUCACUCUCGACAACGCCAAGGACUUCGACAAGAAGGGCGCGUUUGUCGUGCAAUACUAUGCAGAUCCCAUGACCUUCGAGGAGCACAAUGAGUAUCAGAAUGCCGCAAUAGAGCUGAAGAAGCGCGGCAACGUUACGCUGUAUCAGAGCAACAAAGCUUGGAUUCCUGGAGAGAUCAGAACUCGAGGCCUUGAUCCUGAUAUGAGCCCUAAGCGGCGCCAGCACGUCCUGAAGCUCUAUCAUCUGUCGGAGAGCGACCUUAUGGUUCGGCCCCGAGGCGUUGUGGUCUCUUCGACGUGA